AUGAGUGACAGAGAUCGAAGCAGGUCUCCCAGUCGGCGGGAUGAUGGUGGCCGGAGCCGAGGAAAAACCUCUGGAGGUUUUCGUUGGAAGGAGAAGAGGCGCGACGAUGAUAGCCGCAAUGAUGAGCGUAGACUUGAUCGGGGCUACCGGGAUCGUGAACGACCGCGCUCACCGCGACGAGAUCGCGACAGUGACCGGUAUGGAGGCCGCAACCGAGACCAUAACCGUGACCGUGGCGACCAACGACGAGCUAAUGGCCCGAACGAUCGCGAUGCACCCCGAGAAAACCGUGAGAAGAAUACAAUGAAGAAGGAAAAUAAAGUGAAGAAGACAGUGCAAUCCUCUGAGCCCAUGAUUGUUGUCCAUGUCAACGAUCGUCUCGGCACAAAGGCUGCGAUUCCCUGUCUGGCUUCAGAUCCCAUCAGACUAUUCAAGGCUCAAGUCGCAGCUCGCAUUGGCCGUGAACCUCAUGAAAUCCUCUUGAAACGCCAAGGCGAACGACCCUUCAAGGAUCAGUUGACACUCGAGGACUAUGGAAUUAGCAACGGAGUCCAGCUUGAUUUGGAGGUCGGAACUGGCGAAUAA